CCGUCGGAGCCUAGUAGGCGGGGCAGAUGGCUGGCUGGUGCUGGGGCGGGCGGCCCGGAAUUGUCAUUUCUUUGUUUCCGAAGGCGGAGGAGGCUCUGAACCCCCCCUUCCCGUCCCACCCCCCUCCCCCUGGUGCUGGCUCCAUGUCUCUGUGACCGGCCCCAGGGGUAGAGUCCAGGCCCGACACGGGGCGGGCCGGCGGCGGCUGAGGUGAGAGACGGCGGCGGCGGCGGCGGCAGCAGCAGCACCCGGCCCCCCAGCGGGAGGAUGAAGCGGCGGAACGCCGACUGCAGUAAGCUCCGCCGCCCCCUAAAGCGGAACCGGAUCACCGAGGGCAUCUACGGCAGUACCUUUUUAUACCUGAAAUUUCUGGUGGUGUGGGCACUUGUCCUUCUGGCGGACUUUGUCCUGGAGUUCAGAUUUGAAUACCUGUGGCCGUUUUGGCUUUUCAUCAGAAGUGUCUAUGAUUCCUUCAGAUACCAGGGACUGGCCUUCUCAGUGUUUUUUGUUUGUGUAGCGUUCACAUCAAAUAUAAUAUGUCUGCUGUUCAUCCCCAUACAGUGGCUUUUUUUUGCUGCUAGCACGUAUGUGUGGGUUCAGUACGUGUGGCACACAGAAAGGGGAGUGUGUUUGCCCACUGUGUCCCUCUGGAUACUCUUUGUUUAUAUUGAAGCAGCAAUUAGAUUUAAAGACCUUAAAAAUUUUCAUGUAGACCUUUGUCGUCCAUUUGCUGCUCACUGUAUUGGGUACCCUGUGGUGACUUUGGGCUUUGGCUUCAAAAGUUAUGUAAGCUACAAAAUGCGGUUAAGGAAGCAAAAGGAAGUGCAAAAAGAGAACGAAUUUUACAUGCAACUUCUUCAACAAGCCCUCCCCCCAGAGCAACAGAUGCUACAGAAGCAAGACAAAGAGUCUGAGGAAGCAGCCAAAGGAUUACCUGAUAUGGAUUCCUCGAUCCUCAUACACCACAAUGGAGGUAUCCCAGCCAACAAAAAACUCUCCACAACUUUGCCAGAGAUAGAAUAUCGAGAAAAAGGGAAAGAAAAGGACAAGGAUGCCAAAAAACACAACCUUGGAAUAAAUAAUAACAACAUUCUACAACCUGUAGACUCUAAAAUACAAGAAAUUGAGUAUAUGGAAAACCACAUCAACAGUAAAAGAUUAAAUAAUGAUCUUGUGGGAAGUACAGAAAACCUCUUGAAAGAGGACUCAUGCACUGCUUCCUCAAAAAAUUACAAAAAUGCCAGUGGAGUUGUGAACUCCUCACCUCGAAGUCACAGCGCCACAAAUGGGAGCAUUCCUUCUUCAUCUAGUAAAAAUGAGAAGAAGCAGAAAUGUACUAGCAAGAGCCCAAGUACACACAAGGACUUAAUGGAAAACUGUAUUCCUAAUAACCAGCUAAGCAAACCAGACGCACUGGUAAGGCUGGAACAAGACAUUAAGAAGUUAAAGGCUGACCUACAGGCCAGCAGGCAAGUGGAACAAGAGCUCCGAAGUCAGAUCAGCUCCCUCUCGAGCACCGAGCGAGGGAUCCGCUCAGAAAUGGGGCAGCUCCGGCAGGAGAACGAGCUGCUGCAGAACAAGUUACAUAAUGCUGUACAAGUGAAGCAGAAAGACAAGCAGAAUAUCAGCCAGUUGGAGAAAAAGCUAAAAGCUGAGCAGGAAGCCCGAAGCUUUGUAGAAAAGCAGUUAAUGGAGGAGAAAAAAAGGAAGAAGUUAGAAGAAGCUACUGCUGCCCGGGCUGUCGCGUUUGCCGCUGCGUCUAGGGGAGAGUGCACCGAAACCUUACGGAGUCGGAUCAGGGAAUUAGAAGCAGAGGGCAAGAAGCUCGCGAUGGACAUGAAGGUGAAAGAAGACCAGAUCAGAGAACUAGAACUGAAAGUUCAGGAGCUUCGGAAGUAUAAGGAAAAUGAGAAGGACACGGAGGUGUUAAUGUCAGCUCUCUCAGCCAUGCAAGACAAAACACAGCACCUGGAGAACAGCCUGAGCGCAGAGACGAGAAUCAAGCUGGACCUGUUCUCCGCACUAGGGGACGCAAAGCGACAGCUCGAGAUUGCCCAAGGACAAAUUCUUCAGAAAGACCAGGAAAUCAAGGACCUAAAGCAGAAGAUAGCCGAAGUCAUGGCCGUCAUGCCCAGCAUAACGUACAGUGCCGCCACCAGCCCCCUGAGCCCCGUCUCCCCCCACUACUCUUCCAAAUUUGUGGAGACCAGUCCCUCUGGACUCGAUCCCAAUGCCUCUGUGUACCAGCCCCUGAAGAAGUGACGGCCAGCGUGUGUUGUGCCCAGCAGCGUGGUGACCAGAGGCACUGCAGAGGAGCGUCUCUGGCAGUCAAGAUAAAAAGUUUCUAUUGUAUUUUGUGGGACUGUAUAUGUUGUCGUUUUUAAAGGGGGGGGGAAGAUAACAUCCAAGUCUGAUUAGAACUGCCCAUCGGUUUUUCUUGUAAAUUUUUAGAAGACCUCACAGAACUUUGCAGUUUAUUUUUCUCGGCCAAUACAUUAAAACCGUUCUUGGAUUUCAAGUAGCCAAUUUUGCCUUUUAUGUAUUCUUACAGUUUCCUCUUGAAGAAGAAAAAAAAAGCAGGGUUUUUGCUUCUCAAUCCUCUAUUUUUGUUCUGUUUUGUUCCUGAAUAAGCAAAACCUGCCCGUUGGAUCCACAUGGGGUGGUAAUGAGAAAUUUUAGUUCUUAGAGUGAAAGAACUAGUUAAAUAACCUAACACAGUGUUGACCAUACAGCUGAUUCAAGAACGUGAUUCUUGACACCACAGCAAACAAACAUCGAUCACCCCUCUAAGGACCAGACAAGUUCAAGGGGCGGCAUGUAAGCCGAGGGGAGAAACUCAGGCGACGAGACAGCCGUGAGACAGGGCCGGGUUGUGUUUGACCUGUCCACGUUCCCGCCCGCGCGUCCAGUCCCAGACAGCUGCUAGCAGCAGCCCUGUUCACAGUGCCUUGGGAAACGGCGUUUCAAGAGGAAGCUUGCUGACGUUACCCUGCCUCCCCCCUUUCCCUCACCUGUCUCCUCUCUGUCUCCAGCUCACUGCGGGCCCCGCUGGGAGACCGGAGGGUAGCCGGGCUGUUCGUUCCCACGCGGCCACUUCUGUUUCUGUUCGUAGAAAGCACGGCAGUGUUCUGGAGUGUUCUGGAGCCUUCUGGGCUGUCAGCACCUGGGGCGGGGCGGGGCAGGGCGGGGUCUGUGUACGAGAGACUGCGAUGACAGCUAAUAAAAGCUGCAGUUCCAGGC